ACUCGUGUUCUCCUCCUCUCCUUGGUCUUCUCCUCCACUGGACUCCCCUCGACUCGGCUGGAGGCGGCGUGGUACGGAUCCUUCACCCCAACGGUAGUCAACCAUGGUUUUCCUUCAGGCAGAGAUGUGCUGGAAUGUACUGAUCUCAGCUGGUCAGCUGAGCCCCAAGGGUCUGCUGCUCCGCAAGUCUAUCAUUGUGCGUCUUCUGGAGGACGUAACCAACAGGAAGGCCUCCAAGGAGCAUGGCUACUACAUUGCUGUCAAUGGGCUGAAGGAGAUAUCUGAUGGGAAAAUUCGUGAGCUGACCGGAGGUGUUCUUUUCCCGGUCACAUUCACCUGCAUCACUCAGAGGCCUAUGAAGGGUGAGAUCAUGGUCGGCUCCGUGGAGAAGAUCCUCAAGCAUGGCGUGUUCCUCAAAUCUGGGCCAAUGGAAAACAUCUUCAUGUCGGCGAAGUCAAUGAGCGACUACAAGUACAUGGCCGGCGAGAACCCCAUGUUCAUGAAGGACUACUCGAAGCUGGAGAAGUACACCAUCGUGCGCUUCAAGGUCAUGGGGUUCUGCUGGAUGGAAGCAGAUCGCCAGUUCCGGCUCCUCGCGACGAUGGCUGGUGAUUUCCUUGGGCCGCUGUGAUCAGCUUCGACAGGUUAAACAUGCAUGGUCCCUGCUUUAUAUUGUGUUAUCCUGGUGGAUGAUUGGAUGGGUCUGAGAUGUGUUACGUGUUACUUGCAGUCUGAACUUCGUUGUCGUGAUGACUGAUGGCACAUAGUUGCUUUAACUUGUGGAGUUGAUGCGA